UACAGGCUUAGCAUUCUUCAGUAUGGGGCUGGCGCGACAAAGCCCACGUACACCAAUGCUUUCGCUCUGUAAAUAGUGGUUCUAACUUGAGCUAUGGUGACACACAAUCUACACUACCGCCAGUAAUUACUUGUAAAAACAAACAGUUCAUUGUUCUAAGGAUCCAGCAUUGUAUUUCUAGUUAUAUGAUGCUUCGGUCUAGAUUAAUUUCAGUAGAGAGAACUUACUGGAUGGAGUGUAGACCCGGAACUUGUGCGGAGCGUGUGUAUACAUCAUGUUACCUCAACCCUGUCAUUACUCUAUGCUCAACCUGAUACCAAUCAAGGGGGAGCAAAGUUCGCCUUCGUUGAUUGACUGAUGGAAUGUUGGAAUCAGCUCGUGUAUUAUCACCAAUACUAGGAUUACACUCAUAAGAAGUGGCUAGGUAAAUACUACGACAAUGUUUGCGUGAGUAUGAUACGAUAACUUUUAGGCUACAUGUUCCAUUUUGGUGUAAAGAUUGCAUUGGGACACCAUGUUAUUAUGUGGAGUAUGAUUCGCCACACUACACACAUUUAAAACUUGACUAGUAUUUUCCCGUUAAUUAUCAUGGAGACUGGACCCGGGUAACUACCCAAGUAAACUGCUGCCAAAGCCUGUCUACUAGUGUAAGAAGAUGGCACUACCGGCUAUCAGUCAACCAGUGUCAUAUCCAGACCCUCUCCACGAGGUUUCUACCGCCGUGGAUAAUCCCGAAAUCACCCAUGAGCUUACUACCUCAGAGGUGACCGAACACCGGGAGUCUGACCAGGACGAUCAGGAGGAUAGUGACCGGUCAAGUCGCCGUCUUCCCCCCGUUGUGUCUCUCAAGGAAUUUGGUAAGAAUCCCCUCCCCGCUCAGGGGAUCAUCAAAGCAGGGUGGUUGGACACUAGUUACCAGAAAGCCCUUGCCAGAGUCCGUGAACGGAUCAUUGUGCAGGGGAAGCAGCCCCGGAACGCUGAGGAGUGGAGGUACCCAAAGGCUCCGGUCCCUGCCAGGCCGGACUUGACUAGAAAGUUCCCGGUAUUGAUAAGUAACGAUGUGAAAGAUCGGCUGAAGAGGAGGAAGAAACAUCGAAGGAGUGAGACUUAUCCCCAAGCAGCUACGGACAACGUAGAUGCUGAUUCAAAGGUCACAUUCUUACCACCGCUUCCUAUACAUACAUUGUACCAGAACCUUUUCACCGACCUGUCAUCAAGUUUUCCCUCAACCCUUCUAAGCCAGAAGUUUCGCUCCAUCGAGGAGGAAGUGAUUCAACGUCCCAUGUACCUCCCCUUUGUGGGUACCGCCUCCCUCCACCCCAAGGCAUUCUCAGAGACUGAAAUCCGUGAGAAGCCCUAUGUCCUCCCAGCUCUGUGUGCUAGUUGCCGUAGUGACCUGGAUGCAGCUAGACUUAGGGGUUUUGUUGAUGUGGAUGAAGGGACAGGGUCAGAGGCUGAGGUCACAGGUCAUGGGGAUGGAGGUGCUGAAGGUCAGCAGGUCAAGGAGAGUAGUGCAAUAGUUAGUUUACCUCGGAGUGUGUGUUUUGGCUGCGCCUUAAGCAAAACACCCCAUUUUCAUCAUGCAAAGCCAAGAAGAAUUGGAGGAGGUUUUACCUUCUUCAGUAAGGAACCUCGCAUGAGCACCUUUGCCCCAAAGGAGGUUACCAGGGAAACCAAAGUAUCAUCAUCAUCAUUCAUACAUUCAUCGGAUGAAGUAAAGCUAGAUGAUCAGAAUGAUAUCUUGAUGUCAGUAGAGAAACUACCGGAGCCCUUAGAGCCAAUUCAUGAAUCAACCAUUCCCAGAGAGAGACCAACUAAAGUACCUCAAUGGAUCUUAGAUAUGGUUCAUCACCAUGGUGACAACGAUCACAAAGCCAAACACUACCAAAGUAAGCAAUAUAAAUAUUAUAAUAAUAUUAACAUCGACUCUUACAUAGCGCAAUUCCAAAGAAUAAUCAUUGAACUAAAGUACCUCAAUGGAUCUUAG